AUGGAUUUGGAAACUGACGCUGAGAAGAAUAUCGAAAUCUGGAAGAUCAAGAAAUUGAUUCAAUCUUUAGAGAAGGCAAGAGGUAAUGGUACUUCGAUGAUUUCUUUGGUAUUACCACCAAAGUCUCAAAUUGCUAUGACACAAAAGAUGUUAACUGAUGAAUAUGGUACUGCUUCUAAUAUUAAGUCAAGAGUUAAUAGAUUAUCUGUCUUAUCCGCUAUUACAUCUACUCAGCAAAAGCUGAAAUUAUACUCAAGAUUACCAGAAAAUGGGUUAGUUCUAUAUUGUGGUGAUAUGAUUACUGAAGACGGUAAAGAAAAAAAAGUUACUUUUGAUAUUGAACCAUAUAAACCAAUUAAUACUUCUUUAUAUAUGUGUGAUAAUAAAUUUCAUACUGAAGUAUUAUCAGAACUAUUAGAAGCUGAUGAUAAAUUUGGUUUCAUCGUUAUGGAUGGUCAAGGUACUUUAUUCGGUUUAUUAUCUGGUAAUAGUAGAACCGUCUUACAUAAAUUUACUGUGGAUUUACCAAAGAAGCAUGGUAGAGGUGGUCAAUCUGCUUUACGUUUUGCUCGUUUAAGAGAUGAAAAGAGACAUAAUUAUGUGAGGAAAGUAGCAGAAGUUGCUGUUCAAAAUUUCAUUACUAAUGAUAAGGUUAAUGUUAAAGGUUUAGUUCUUGCUGGUUCUGCUGAUUUCAAGACUGAUUUAAAUAAAUCCGAAUUAUUCGACCCAAGAUUAGCUGCUAAAGUUAUCAAGAUUGUUGAUGUCUCAUAUGGUGGUGAAAAUGGUUUUAAUCAAGCCAUCGAAUUAUCUGCUGAAACUUUAUCAAAUGUUAAAUUCGUUCAAGAAAAGAAAUUAUUAGAUACUUACUUCGAUGAAAUUUCUCAAGAUACUGGUAAAUUCUGUUACGGUGUUGAUGAUACUCUAAAGGCUCUAGAUCUUGGUGCUGUUGAAAUUUUAAUUGUUUUCGAAAACUUAAACAUUAUUAGAUACGUAUACAGAGAUGCUGAAGAAAAAGAAAUUAUAAAAUAUAUCAACCCAGAGACAAAGGAUAAAUCUUACGCCAUUGAUAAAGCUACUGGUAAAGAGAUGGAUGUUGUAUCUGAUCAAUUGUUAGUCGAAUGGUUAGCUGAACAUUACAAGGAUUAUGGUGCCACCUUGGAAUUCAUCACUGAUAAAUCUUCUGAAGGUGCUCAAUUCGUCACUGGUUUCGGUGGUAUUGGUUCUUUACUACGUUACAAGGUUAACUUUGAACAAUUAGCAGAAGACUCAGAUGAUGAUGAGUAUUAUGACGAUGAUGCUGAAUCUGACUACGACUUCAUUUAA